AUGCCGUUUAUUCUCAUUUCACGAACACCAGAACAGCAUAAUCUCAAUACAAAACCGGUCACAUCUAAAACUCGAUCUGGAUCAUUCCGUGCCUCCCGAUCAAUAUUUGCGCAUAUCCCAUUCGUCCCAACGGUUGCCUAUCCGCUCACCCUCCGAAACGCAGAGGCCUAUCUGGUUGUUCCGGCACUUCGGUUGUAUGAUCGAUUCAAACUGCGAUUUGCCCUAAGAACCACCCAAACAGACGGUUUGAUUCUUUUCAACCCCGGACCAUUCACGGUGGAUUUUCUUGCAUUCGAACUGAGUCAGGGUCAUUUGUUUGUGAACUUUGAUAUGGGAAGUGGGGCGCAGCGACACGGUUUAUUGGGUACGCGUGUGGACGAUAACCAAUGGCAUGGGAUAGAGCUGACACGUGAAGACACGGAACGAAAUAUACUAACUUUGGUCAUCGAUCAAGGAACAAGGAUGGAGUCUCGUUCAGAUAUCAAAGUACUGCAUGGAGAGAGGUCAAAGAACUUCAAUUUGGCCGAUCAACUUUACAUCGGUGGCCUACCGAAAUCGGUUAUUCUCAAAUGGCGAGAAAGAUUACGUGUGGUUCACGGAUACCAGGUGCGCUGUGUUUCUGGUUGUUUUGCUAACUUUUCUGUAAACGAUCAACCCGCACAAGACUUGCUGAAGCUUGCAAAAGAAAUGGCCAUCAAUCGAACAGGUUCGGUGCACCUAUUCAAUGAUGAGGAUAUAGUUCCCGGUUGCCUAGAUCGACCAUCGGGUGCACCCCAGUGUCCGGUUCAGACCACAUCACAAAGAUUACACGAGGCGGGAAUGAACGUCACAUUGCCCAAAAGUUCGAACAAUGUGUAUUGCAUGAAUGAUGGGAUUUGUCUACUGUUGUGGUCGUCAUUAAAGUGUUCCUGUGAAUUAACCUCGUUUCAGGGCGCCCGAUGCUCUCAAACUGGUACAACACAAAGUUUUGGAAUUACGCCUGCAAACGCCCGACCAGUAUCAACUCCAUCUUUACUGAAGACCUCAGACAGCAUGAAUUCAAGCGCAAGUGCUGCAAGUAUUGGCUAUCUACGACUAACCUACACCGAUCACGUGCGUAACACGUAUCAAGAAGAAUUUGUCCUCGGCGUGCAAACAGUUCGACCUACGUUGAGCGUGGAUGGGAAAACCCCGGCCAGGAAAUCCGAUGAAAUUGAAACUUUACUUUACGUAACAAAUACUGCACAGACCGGUGACUUUCUGCACUUAUAUCUGGUGAGACUGUGGGUUCGGUUUGAUUCUAAUGGAUUACUUGAUGUAUUCUGUGUUCAUUUGCCAAAUCUAUCCUGUGUCAACAUUGAUCAAGGAGGUCGGUAUGGGAAACAGUUCAACGGACAGGAGACGAUAUGGCUGGGACACGCGCCCAGUCUGAAUCGCACAGAUUUCUAUCAAGGAUUUAUGUCCGGAGUAUACUACAAUGGGAUUUUGCUCAGUGACAUUGCGGCCGGACAAACCUAUCUCCCAUUCAUCCACGUGACACGUUAUGCCAAUGUGGAACACGUGAACAAUUUUGAAGCUGCCCUCUCACCAGCCAGUCCGUUUCGGAGCUACAACACACAAGCCGAUGCUCAAUCCUCCCAACACAAUGCUCAUUCAGCCACUAGUGGGAUUGUUCCCGGAGAUAUCUCACCAAAUUCGGUUCUGUCUGAUUUUGCCACAGAUGUGAAUGUGGACGAUAAACCACGGGGUCGUUCCAAUAUCAACGACCAGGUGAAUAUUUGGCUUUUGGUCUGUUUGGCCGGUGCCGGUUGCAUCAUGUUGGUCUCGCUUACCUUUUUGGCUUAUAGAUUCCACUUCAAACAACUUCCUUGUUGUCAACCUAAUCGUAAUGCUCGACGAGCUCAUAAAUGGAGUCCGGUGCGACGGUCUAGUCGAUGCACGUUACACUCGAACGACACGCUACCUCAUCCGGUGCCCCGAUUUCAAGAUGGUGAUCCAUGCAGUCCUGUGCUGAUUCCGUUAGCCAGAUCAGACAUUUCUAAACACGGUUCGGGCCAACUGAGUGGGUCAAUGAUUGAGGCUAUUGGUUCGUCGUACAAUCCCACCGUGGCCCUGAUGAUGCCUAAUCCACUUAUGACGGAAAAUGGUAGAAAAUCCGCUUGUGCGGUCAGUGCUACUUGUUGUCCCUUACACUUACAAGCUGUGCCCACAUCUGUAGUCUAUCUGGAUAGCAACAGUUUGGUCACUACAGCAAUGAUGUACCAACCGUGGGAAAGAUGCCAACGUCCGACCGAGGAUCGAGCCUCAUCAAUCAGUCCAUAUUCGACCAGUUCAUCACCUGUAGCGGAUUUGACUAAACCGGUCCUGGAAACGCAAAUUGCCGCCGCGAAACUCGUGACCGAGGUGGAGGUGAGCGGGACACUUCAAAGCCACCGUUCCAUUUCCGAAACCGAGCCAACAUAA